UCUGAUGAAGCAGAUUGCUUUAUAGCAUAUCUACGCGAAUUUGUAGAAGAACACGAUUCGAACUUUGAUGAUUCAGACAUCCGGGAUUUUAUUGAUGCUUUUUUGAAUGAAAUGAAGAAACGAGAAAAAGAUGAUGAUGUCUUCAAUAAAAUCCAACUGGUCAGGUACGUGCGUGACCUGUUCAAUGCGGGAUCAGCCACAACCAGCAGCACUUUGUCGUGGGCUUUCCUCGCUCUGGUCUCUUACCCAGAAUGCCAAGAAAAAAUUGUAGGGGAAAUUCUGACAACCUUUGGCGAAGACGGAGUCCCGUCAAUGAAACAUCGACAUGAAAUGCCUUACACUUGUGCCUUCAUACAAGAACUGAUGAGACAUAGGACUCUAUUCCCACUAAGUGCCUUUCAUAAAACGAACGAAGAUUCGACGCUGAAUGGAUACAAUAUUCCAAUAAACACGACGAUCGUUCCGAACAUUUGGGCAGUUCAUUAUGACCCCAAAUAUUUCAAAAAUCCGAGAGAAUUUCUACCAGAUAGAUUUCUCGACCGUGACGGAAAAUUCAUCAGUUCUAAUCACGUGAUUCCGUUUUCGAUCGGUCCUCGACAUUGUCUGGGAGAACAACUUGCAAGAAUGGAUAUUUUUGUAUUUCUGACGGGAAUAUUACAAAAGUUAAAAGUGUUUCCGCACACUGGAAAGCCCCUUCCUUCAUUCAAUGACGGUGUGUUCUGCAUGGUCACAUACGAGCCACCCCAGUUUGACGUCGUUUUUGAACGACGAUAAUUGUAUUUUGUGAUUUAAAAAAUCAGCUUUAUAUAAUUGGAAGCAAUAACAUACAUAUAAAUAAUUAAAAUUAUUAUAAUACAAAGUGUCGUUGUACAUAGAAGAUC